AUGAAGAAAUACAGUGAAAAAAGAAGAAAAAAACGGGGUAUUUCAGCGAGAACCCAACUUAUACGAAUCGAUGUUAUCGAUGUCGACGAACCACCGACAUUUGAAAACGGUCCCAAACCCUAUAUGGCCGUUGUGCCAUACGAACAACCAAUUGGCAUGUAUAUUUACAAGUUUGUUGCUCGAGAUGAAGCUGGAGAUGGUGAUAAAGAUGUCGAGUAUCGGUUAAUCAAUACUGAACCCAAUGGGAUGUUCACAAUCGAUUCCACGACUGGAGUAGUCCGAACUGCUGUCAAGAACUAUAAGCCUGGAAAAACAUAUCGAGCUUUUGUACAAGCCCGUGAUAAGACUCCCUCGGACCCAAAUGCGUCUCAGGACAGUGAAGUAGCAGUGCUCGAGGUUUAUGCAGGCGAUCUACCACCUCAAUUUGUAAAACAUUACUAUUCGGUUGAGAUUCCAGAAGAUAUAGCUGUUGAUUCCAGCAUUAUUGACGUUCGAGCUAACAGAUUCAAGCCUAUCAAUGAAAAUCGUUCAAAGGGUGACCUCGUUUAUGCGCUUUACUCAUUAACGGGUGGCAAUGAACGAAAAAGCUCGAAAUUUUUCGCGAUCGACCAUUUUACAGGAGUUGUGGCUCUCAAGCAAGCGGUCGAUUAUGAUGAUAAUUCACAGCCUAAGCUUCAUAAGCUAUUAGUUGUGGCUCAAGAAGAUGGUAAAGAAAGUUCAGUUCCAUUAGAUAUAUCGAUAAAAGACGUUAACGAUAAUCUUCCAACGUUCACUCAACCAAUUUAUAUUGCUACAACAAAAGAAGACAUCAAACCUGGAAAAACUAUUCUUACAGUGCACGCUGACGAUAAAGAUUCCAAUGAGAAUGCAAAGAUAGUUUAUUCAUUGGACAAUAAAAACUUCACGAUAAAUGAACGAGGUGAAAUUGCGGCAGCUGUUCGAUUAGAUGCCGAUCAGAAUAGAGAAAGAUUUUUCAUUUACCGAUUUCAUGUUAUUGCGAUCGAUGGAGGACAACCAAAUCUAAGUUCUAAGGCUAUUGUGCAUAUUCGAACUGAAAACACCAAUGAUGAGGCGCCUGACUUUAUUCCUUCUCGGAUGUAUAGCGCCUUUGUGGCUGAAGAUGCUCAAGGUGGUACGCCAAUUGUUCAAAUUCAGGCUAUCGACCCAGACCGAGAUCAGGUCUCAUACGCUUUUCUUAUGGCAAAUGGUGUAUAUUCAACAACAACUGAGCUCUUCGAGAUUGACAAGGAUACCGGUUUGAUAAAAUUGAAGCAGAAUGUGAAACCGGAAGAUCUAUUAGAUGGUAUUUCUCCUUAUAAUUUAACAGUUAUUGCAACUGAUGAUGGUUCAUGUUGUACUGAUGAAUCGGCUAGCGUCGUCCACUCACAGACAGCUUUUGUGACAAUUGGUAUUGCUGAUGUCAACAAUAACAAACCAGAAUUUCGAGAUUGCGAAACGUAUAGUCGAAUUGCCAAAAUCAAUGAAGGCGACUAUAAAACUGAUCCACCUAUUAUUGUAAAGGUAGUAGCAACUGAUGAAGACUCGCCUCCAAAUGGCGAAAUAGUUUAUUCUUUAUAUUAUUCACAAUCAGAAUCUCGUAAACCGUUCAUUAUUAAUUCUGAAACAGGUGAACUGCGACCCUCACCCUUUGUGCGAUUUGAUCGAGAGCAAAGAGCGCAGGAGGAGGUUACUGUAAAGGCUACAGACAAAGGUGAACGUCCACUCAUCGGUUUUUGCCAGUUCACUGUGCAGAUAGUUGAUAUAAACGACAACGCACCACAGUUUGACCGUGCUUCUUAUGAAACCUCAAUUUCAAGGAGUGUUUCAGUCGGGUAUUCGGUAAUAACAAUAUUUGCGGACGAUGCAGACGCACCCCAUAAUGCAAGAAUUACUUAUUCACUGAGUGAAGAUAAUUCAGCCGAAUCAGAACAUAAAAAAGAUGUUGAAUAUUUCCGAAUAUUAAACGAAAACAGCGGUGAAAUAACUCUUGUCAACCAAAUACCUCCUUUGAAAGAUCGCUUUAUAUUUAAUGUUAUCGCGACUGAUAAUGGAAUACCUUUUGCGCAAAAUAGUACAGUUCAAGUGAUUGUAAAUGUCCAUGAAAAGCAACAAAGCGCUCCUCAAUGGCAGAGCAGUCCGGAUUGUCGUACUGCGAUCACUGUUGAUGAAGAUAUGCCGGUAAAUUCAAUUUUAAUGGCCAAUGGAGCGAAUCGUGGGACAAAUAACGAAUUGCAUUUUCGAGAGUUUCUUGAAAAAGUAAAUGGUCGUGAUUGGGUUGUCGUUAGAAAUAUGGUUGGAUUGGAUUACGAACAACAACAAAAUUAUACCUUAACAUUAACAGCUAUGGAUAUGCGUAGUAUGGUAACUUCCGACAAGCAUUUCCAUAUAAUAAUUCGCGACAAAAACGAUGCUGUCCCUCGUUUUACAGUCGAUCGUUUCACCGGCACAAUUGAAGAAGAACAAACUCCAAGUGAAUUCAUGUCGAAAUACGGUGGUCGUCCAAUUACAACAGUCAAAGCAGAAGAUGCUGAUUCCCCAGGGCCGCAAUCUGAAGUACGAUAUCGUAUAAUUGGCGAUGGAAUUGGAAGCGCAGCAAGAUUAUUUCGAAUUGAUGAGUUAAGUGGUGGAAUAUAUCCACUUGAAAUGUUUGAUCGUGAAAAAAACGAUUCAUUUAUUUUUGAUGUUGAAGCCAGAGAUAGUAUGGAUUCAAGUUUACCUGGCGCAACUGGACCAAACAGAGAUAUUGUUAAAGUACAAAUUUUUGUGGCCGAUAUCAACGAUAAUGCGCCAUAUUUUGAUGAGAAGCGUUACGAAGGUCGCGUUUCAGAAAACGUGGAUGUGAAUCAAGAUAUUAUUACUAUCAAAGCUCACGAUUUAGACAGAUUAUCCAAUCUAAAGUACGAUAUCUAUGCGGUACACGGGGGGCGCAUCCCUUUUGGUGUCAGAACUGAUUCAGGUGCAGUUUUUGUCAAAGAACCGUUGGACUAUGAAGAGGAGAAUGUAUACCAUAUGAAACUAUUAGUAACUGAUGGAAAGCAUAAUGCAACAACCGAUUUGUUCGUAUAUAUCGAUGAUGUUAACGACAAUGCUCCACAGUUCGAAAAAAGCCUUUAUGAAAUCACCGUCUUAGAGGAAGAUCAAGAUGUUCCGAAGACAUUAUUUAUUGUUAAAGCCUAUGAUGCUGAUAAGGAUGCAAAAUCAAAGGAAAUCGUCUAUCGGCUCGAAGGACAGGGAGUUGGAGAAUUUUUCCGCGUGAACGAAAGAACUGGUCGAAUUGAAAUGAUACGUCCAUUGGAUAGAGAUCCACCUGCUGGAGUUCCAGUAUGGAAUUUCAUUGUUCAGGCAAUUGAUGACAAUGGCCGUGGUUUAAUUGGCUAUGCAGAUGUUCAGGUUAAUUUACGUGAUAUCAACGAUAAUGCGCCAAUUUUCCCAUCUAAUCUUGUCGGUAGUAUCGAUGAAAACCGUGAACCUGGAAAUGAUGGCGUCUAUGUCAUGACUGCGACUGCAGUCGAUUAUGAUGACCCGCGAACUGACAACGUAGUUUUGGAAUAUAGUAUCGGCAUUAAUAAGGAGAUUGAUGGUCAGCCGGUCUUCAGGAUUGUGCCGAGUAAUGGAAAAAUUUAUGCGAUGCGUCGCUUCGAUAGGGAAUUGCCAUCUGAACGAGAAUUUGUGAUCGAGGUCCGAGCCACUGAUAAAGGCAAUCCACCGCUUGAAGGAUCCGGGAAUGUGACAAUACAAGUUAAAGAUGUUAAUGAUAACCAACCGUUUUUCGAAAAAUCUUUCUACUGGAGUUCUGUUCCUGAAACUGCUCUCGUUGGUUCUCCAAUUAUGAGCGUUUCCGCACUUGAUAAGGAUAAUGAAGCCAAGGACAAUGUUUUUUCUUACGAGCUUAUGGAAGAAGAUAAAUAUUUCUAUAUGACAACAGAAGCGGAUUCGAGCAGUUCUAGCGUUGGCGUUCUUCGAGUGAAAACAGUUAGUUCUUUUGGUGUGCAUGGUGCUUGA